GUGUGCUCUGAGUCCAAAACCUCCUGGAAGGCUGGAGCAAAUAUGGAGGAUCUCCACAGCUCUGGCCAGGCUGCCAGGUCUAUGCUCCCUCUCUAGCUUCUUCCUCUCCAUCUGUGUAGAUGCUCUGAACUUGGCAUAGCCCUGCCCGCAAGGUACACCCUCCAGACCAGCACCUUUGCCUGCCCAGAAGUUCCUGCUGCCGCUGGAGUCUCAGUGCUCUAGGGUGAAUGUGUGUUCCUUGCCCCCCUCCAUAAUCUAGUGCUGAGAAUGGCUUUCUCCGCGCUAAACAGCACACCCCAGAGAGCAGAUGGUGGCGAGCUAUGUCCCAGCUGUGGGCAGCUGCAUCAAGCCGUGGACAACCACCUCUAUAACUUCCAGGAUGAGGUAGACGAUGAACUGAUGUGCAACAUUUGUCUGCAGCCAUUGCUCCAGCCUGUGGACACUCCAUGUGGCCACACCUAUUGCUACCGCUGCCUGGAAAGCUUCCUGCAAGAUUCUGACUUCUGCCCCAUGGACCGAGAACCUCUGACUUUCCCCAGCUGCCGCAAGUCAACCUUGUUGGUGAGAAACCUGCUGGACAAGCUGAUCGUCUUCUGUCCCUUCCAUCCCGACUGUCUUCUCACCAUGCAGAGGUGUGAGCUGGAGGGUCACUUACAGAAUAGGUGCCCUGGCUUGAGGAAAUACCAAGCCAAAAUGGUGGAGGAAAAAUGUCAACAGGACCAAAAGAAAGAAGAAGCGCCCCUGGAGCCAGAAGCCAGCAGUCCUUGUGGGGAGACCUUCUUUGAUAUUGAUGCCAUUUUAUCGAUGGACUCGGAGUAUUCCUCUGUCACCCCAAUGGUGCCCUGGACUAGCCCAGAGCCUGGCUUGGUGAACCCAGCCUUUGAGGAGACAGAUGAAGAUUGCAUCCUGAAUCUUUCCACAUCUGACCUGACUCGUGGUAACAAUCUUGUGGCUGAAACUGUCAUUGUGGAAAUUUCCCGGGAUAACCCUGACAAAGAGCUGGGGAUGAGGAUCGUGGGGGGCAAGGACACCCCACUGGGUAACAUUGUUGUACAAGAGGUCCACCAGGACACCCCCCUGGGCAUGGAUGGAAAAGUGGCCCCUGGAGACCACGUAUUAGAGGUCAACGGAGUCAACAUCAGCAAUGUCACCCACUCUCAGGCGAUCUCCCUGCUCCGCCAUGCAGGGCCUGUGCUACAGCUGGUGAUCUUGCAAGAGAAGGGAUUCCUGAACAAGCCACCCCAAGACGACAGCCCAAUUCCCAGCAGGGCUGGGGAGAUUGUGCAUGUCACCCUGAUGAAGAAGGACCGGCUGCAGCCCCUGGGUAUCAAACUGAUCCGUAAGGCUGGCAAGGCUGGCAUCUUCAUUCUUGACCUGCUGGAUGGUGGCCUGGCAGCCAAGAACGGAAAGCUGAGCCAAAAUGACAAAGUACUCUCUAUCAAUGGUCAGGACCUGAGACAGGGGACACCAGAGACAGCAGCCCAGAUCAUUCAGACCAGUGAGAGCCGAGUUCACUUUGUGGUCCUGAGGACUCGAGGCAGCCCAACCAUGGAGAUGGAGACAGACUGCAGCAGCUCAAGGCCCAGCAGAAGCAGUGGCAACAAUGGCACCAGCAACCACAUCAGCCUCAGCCAUGGGAACAGCCCUGCCCCAAUUUCAGUUCCUCAAUGGAAGCCAGAGCUGGGCUACUACCCAAGGCCUCUGGCUUUCUACAAGGAUCCCCCUGCCGGCUUCCUGAGCCAGGAACGGACAAUCACCAUAAGGAAAGAUGUGAAAGAAUCCCUGGGCAUCACGAUUGGGGGUGGCCGGGAAGGCAAACACAGCGUACCCAUCUAUGUGACCAGUGUGCAGCCCGUGGGCUGUCUUUGCCGGGACAGCCGCAUUCAGAGAGGUAUCAUCCUCCUAAGUAUCAACGGCAUCGACUUGACAUCCCUCUCCUACCAAGAGGCAGUGACGGUUCUAAAGUCACAGGCAGCCUCGACCAUCAUUGUCCUGAAAGCCUUGGACAUCCUGGUGCCAGCUAUGAGCUUGGAGCCUUGGGCAGGUGUUCGAGAGUCGCCCAUGGAGUACGGUCAGAGCUGGUCUCCCCUCUGGCUGGCCUGGCUGGGGCUCCCCAGCGCCCUCCAUUUAUGCCAAGAUGUUGUGCUGCAUAAGGACACAGAGGAGAGCUGGGGCUUCAGCAUUGUGGGGGGCUUCGAGGCCUCCAAAGGCAACCAGCCCUUCUUUAUCAAGACCAUUGUGCCUGGCACCCCAGCCUUCCGGGAUCGAAGACUGAAAUGUGGUGACGAGAUCGUGGCCGUCAAUGGGACUCCUGCCACUGGCAUGAGCAAUGGCCAGCUGAUCCCCAUGCUGAAGGAGCUCCGGAACCGGGUAGCCCUGACGGUGGUGUCCUGGCCCGGCAGCCUGGUGUAGGUGCUUCCCCUGCCCCAGUCCCCCAGUGGAGGACCCUGGAUGUCUGACAGACUCUUCCUUCGUGUAGCAGCACUCCUUCGUGAUCCCACCCAUCUCACUGUCUUUUGAGGACUCUUAAGGAGGACAUUGCCAGUGUCCCUAACCUGUCCCAUUGGAGACCUCGAGCCCAAGGACUCACCCGCUGUCUCCCACUGCCUUUCCUGGCACUCCACCCCCCCAGGACCCACAGGGGCUCCCAGUUGACCAAACCUGGGCACAGAGUUUGACUCAGCAUCUCAAGACUGGACCAGCUUGUCCUUGGACACUGAGCAGCUUCAAGGCCAGGAGAACAAAGUCAUCUUGAAAGAUUUGAAGGGGGUGCUGUCCGUAAGAGGGUCAGGGUGCAGACAGAAAUCCCUUCUUCCUUCCCUCCCUCCCUCCCUCCUCCCCUUUUCCUCCCCCACCCUCUGCCCUUCCCUCCUUCCCUCCUUCCCUCCCUCUCUCCCACUGUCCCACCCCCCUACUUCCAAUCCGUCCCUCCUUUCCAACCUUUAUACCCUUUGGCCUUUCCCUUAGCUUUCCCCACCUUCCUACUUUCAGUUCCUCCAUCUUUCCCGUCUCCCAUUCCUCCUGCCCUCAUCCCUACAAUCCCUCACUCCCUCAUCUCUUCCUCCAGGCCUUCUGCAGUACCCACUGGGGUUCCCAACCUCCCUUCCUCCUUCUGGCCUUCUUUUACUCCUCCAGUCGUCCCUGGCCCUCCUGUGCCUCUCUCCAUCCCUCCUCUUCCCUAUCCCUCCUUUCCUCUGCCCUGCUUCCCCCACUUCCCUCCCUCCACCUUUGCCAUCCCCCAGUACCCAUACUCGUGUUUUGUCUUACUCCCUCCCCCGGGUGCUCCUAACAGUCCCAACAUCUCCCCUGCGCCUUCCGAGGACCUCGAGUAACAGCUUCCCUUCUCCCUGGAUCUGCAUGGCCACCCCUCCUGCAACCCUUUAAACUUUGGGCCCCCAGAAUCCCACACCUUCUCCUGGGCUUGGACUCCAACAAAGAGCUGCAAUUUCUAACCCCAAGGGGUCUGCUGCAGAUUUGCUAAGGGGCACCCCCUCCCCCCCAAUCAGCUCCAGAGACUGGACUGGCACUUCUCUGCACAUCUGAGCUCCAUACAUACCAGCAUCUGCCCACUGCCUCCAGUGUGUGUCUUGGCGAGGGGGCCCCUUGAAAUCAUACACCAAGCUGCCAUUGUUCCUGCUGGCGAGGUUCUGGGCCCUCUUACUGACUUGCUCUGCUCAGCCAGCACUGACUUGGCCUGUGCCAUAUGCGCCACUCCCAGCAAUCGAGGAGCCAGGUCAGCUGAGCGAAAACUGUCCACCAUGCUGAAAUGUGCCUGGCAUGGGCACGGCUUGGACAUUCACGCCAAGAGCCCACGAGUCUGAGGCCCUGCUGAAGAGCCACCAGCUAGUGCCACCACCCCCUUCUUUCCAAUCUAGACGUUAAGGAGCCACAGACGAGGGCCGAGGUGGGCAGAGACAGCUUCCCCAAAGGCCAUAGGGACCAGGUGGCCAGUUAGACUCUGAGAGGAGGCGUCUAGCUUAUGGGCCAGGCCUCCCACCCAAAACAUUCCCCCUUCAAGGGACUUUGGACGGCUAAGGCCCUGCCUCCCUGGAUCAUGGGAGACCCACAAGCCUCUGGGCCAGGUUGCCAAGGGAGAGGGAGAGAUCAGACCGCGCCUCAUUACUGGGCAUGGGAGCCCAAUCCUGUCCUGAGAAGUCAUAGCCCAAGUGGGCUAGCAGGUCCAGGCUCAGAGGGUGGCCGGCCUCCCUCUAAGCCAAGGGAAGAUGGACCAAAAAGCAGAAGCCCCAUCCCCCAGGGUCCCAGACACUCAAGUGCCAGCCAUUCCCGUGGCCCAAGCCCAGCCGUGUAACUUGCUUAUGUUUGUGUCUAGGCUGCCCAUGACUCCCCGUGACAUUGUAGAACCACUUCUCAGCUACUUCAUUAAAUAAAUCUUUACCAAAAUGA